AUGGCUCCGCAUUACCAGGCCGCUACGCUGAUUACUUCUCCGUCCUAUCCGAACUCCAUCACCUGGUCAAGCGAGAACUUGGUGGCUGUUGCUUCUGGUCACAUUGUCACUAUCCUGAACCCAGCCACAAUUGAAGGGCCUCGUGGAUUUAUCUUGCUUCGCUCUAGAGAUCCUUUUCCCAUUGGAGUGGUUAAAAGAGAAGAUCUCCUUGAACCAUGUUUAGUCCCCACUUUCUUAGUGCGUGAUACUGAACCAUGCGCGCGGUCAAUUUCAUGGUCUCGACAAGGCUUUGCACCUAAUUCUGGUUGUUUGCUUGCCGUCUGUACUUUUGAUGGUCAUGUAAAUCUUUACCGCCCACCAAUUUGGGAAUUCUGUGAUGAAUGGGUUGAGGUUGCGGACGUAUCUAAAUUGCUGUUCAACUAUUACAAAAGUAUAAACUUUGGAGAGGAUGAUAGUCCUGAUUCAAUUCCUCAGGAAAAGGCAAAUAGUGAGCAGACACAUGCGAUGGGAUGUACUGGUGAAUCGCAAGGACCUCUUUCCUGCAGCGAUCUUGGGCGGAGAAAAAGGAAACCAUCAAGAUUUGAAAGCUAUGUUUAUGAUGAGGAUGAAGGUGAUGUAGAUGCUUCAAAGGAUGCAGACUUCUGGCUCAAUCCAUGCUGCAAGUCAAAGAAGAUAUCUAUGAAAACGAUUGUCAAACCUGUGCAUACAACUGCUAUCGUAAAUGGGUUAGGUGGCUCACAGGAUACCAAAGCAGCAGUCUCUUGCAACAAAGAAAACACAUGUCUUCCUCUUAUCACUGCAGAACAGUAUGCAUGUCGAAAUGCGAUUUUGUCUUCUCUGGUAGUUGCAUGGUCUCCAAUUGUGCCAUCACGCGACACUACUUCACAUUUGUUGAGAAAUUGGUGCAUUCUUGUUGUUGGUUCCAAGUCUGGGGACGUUUCAUUUUGGAAAAUAUGCAAGCCUGAGUAUUAUACCAUAGAUGUUUGCAUGGUUACCAGAGAUCCAAUACUCAUUGGGGUUCUCAAAGCGCAUAAUUCAUGGGUUAGUGCCAUCAGUUGGGAAGUUUCCUUUGCAGACUCUUCAAAGUCCUCACUACUUUUAGCAACUGGGUGUUCAGAUGGAAGUGUGAAGAUAUGGUCCGGUAAUACCGAAGGAUUAAAUCAAUGUACAUAUGUAAAAGAAUUGCCAUUUUCAUUAUUGGCUGAGGUCACCACUAAUUCGUCAGCACCAGUCUCGUCAGUUUCAUUAUCUGUACCAGCUCAGCGUCAACAUGGUGUUAGUUUUAACUUGGCAAUUGGAAGAGUAUCCGGGUCACUGGAAACAUGGAUGUGGGAUCCAUGUAGAAACAAGAUUGAGAAUACCAGUGCAUGUUAUGCACAUGAUCAAGUGGUGACAGGUUUAUCGUGGGGUUUGGAUGGCCAUUGUUUAUACAGCUGCAGCCAGGAUAAUUCUGCACACUGUUGGAUUAUCGAGAAACAGAAACUUGAAGAAAUUCCUGUGCACACAAAUUUUCAGGAGCUAAAAGAGUUAACAGAUCUAUCAGAAGUAUCUGAUCAAUGCUUUGGACUUUCGAUUGCACCAGGACAACUAAUGAUUGUUGUGGCUCACGCCCCGCUUUAUAGAUAA